AUGAUUGAAUCAUCCUUAUUUUGUGGGGUUUCCAAUCCAGAAUCAAAAUGGUUCAUGCAAUUAUACCCCAAUGCCAUAAAACAGAGGACAAUAUCCUGCGAUGUUCACAAUUUUGUGCUCUCUGAAGGUUGGGGUUACGAAAAAUACGCUAGUCGAGAAUACAUUUUCCGUAAAAAUAACGACGUCCUGUCGCAGGAAAAACUAAUGAUUUUCUGUGAACUCGAACUUCUUUCUGAUCUUGUUAUUAGAUCUGGCCAAAAUACUCAAAAAUAUAAGAUUCAUGAAUGUAGACUUUCCAAUGAUUUAAGUUUACUUUUGAAUAGAGACAAAUUUAGUGACGUCACACUUGUCGUUGGUGAACAUGAAUUUCUAGCUCAUAAGAACAUUCUGUCUGCCCGAAGCGAAGUUUUUGCAGCAAUGUUCGAACAUGACAUGGAAGAGCAACAAUCUAACCGAGUUGUCAUAACCGAUGUUGACCAUUUGGUUCUUCAAGAAAUGCUUAGGUUCAUUUAUACAGGAGAAUCGCCGAAUCUAGCAAAAAUGGCUAAUCAUCUUUUUGCUGCUGCUGAUAAAUAUGCUUUGGAACCGUUAAAAGCCUUAUCGGAAGAAGCAUUGUUUUAUGCAUUGUCAAUUGAGACAGUACCUGAGACUUUAGCUUUAGCUGUUUUGCACAGUGCAGAUAGGCUAAAAGAGAAGACCAUCGAAUUUUUUAAAACUCAUUCCAAGGACAUUGUUAAAACUAAUGAAUGGAAAAAUUUGGUAAAAACUAAUCCAAAUGUAUUAGCUGAGGCGUUUGGAUCUUUAUUCACAUAA